CAGCACUUCUGCGGAAGAACAGCAUCGAGGAGCGCACACAUUCCAGCUCGUGGUUCUCAUCUUCUUAACUUGAAUCCUUCAAGAUGGCCACCAAGGAUAAACUCAUCAGCCAUGUGAUGAAGGAGGAGCCUGUUGGCAGCAGGAGCAAGGUGACGGUGGUGGGUGUUGGCAUGGUGGGCAUGGCCUCCGCCGUCAGCGUGCUGCUCAAGGACUUGUGUGAUGAGCUGGCCCUGGUUGAUGUGAUGGAGGACAAGUUGAAGGGUGAGGCCAUGGACCUGCAGCACGGUUCCCUCUUCCUCAAGACGCACAAGAUUGUGGCCGACAAAGACUACAGCGUGACAGCCAACUCCAAGGUGGUGGUGGUGACUGCCGGUGCCCGCCAGCAGGAGGGCGAGAGCCGUCUGAAUCUGGUGCAGCGCAACGUCAACAUCUUCAAGUUCAUCAUCCCCAACAUCGUCAAGUACAGCCCCAACUGCAUCCUGCUGGUCGUGUCUAACCCAGUCGACAUCCUGACCUAUGUGGCCUGGAAGCUGAGCGGUUUCCCCCGUCACCGUGUCAUCGGCUCUGGCACCAACUUGGACUCUGCCCGUUUCCGCCACAUCAUGGGAGAGAAGCUCCACCUCCACCCUUCCAGCUGCCACGGCUGGAUCGUCGGAGAGCAUGGAGACUCCAGUGUGCCCGUGUGGAGCGGCGUGAAUGUUGCUGGAGUUUCUCUCCAGGGCCUCAACCCACAGAUGGGCGGUGAGGGUGACAGUGAGAACUGGAAGGAGGUCCAUAAGCUGGUGGUUGCUGGCGCCUACGAGGUUAUCAAGCUGAAGGGCUACACUUCCUGGGCCAUCGGUAUGUCUGUGGCUGACCUCGUGGAAAGCAUCAUGAAGAACCUCCACAAAGUGCACCCAGUGUCCACACUGGUCCAGGGCAUGCAUGGUGUGAAGGAUGAGGUCUUCCUGAGCAUCCCUUGCGUCCUCGGCAACAGCGGCCUGACGGACGUCAUUCACAUGACACUGAAGGCCGACGAGGAGAAGCAGCUGGUGAAGAGCGCCGAGACCCUGUGGGGCGUACAGAAGGAGCUGACCCUGUGAAGAGCUCUCCUCUGAACCCACCCAGUCCUCCCCAACGCUGUGCGGUGGACUCCCUCACUCCGUACCUCCCGUGUCUCCCUCACGGCAAUGGGCGAAUCAGACCUCUGAAUAUCGUAAAAAAAAAGGCCAAGUGCUUGUAGCGAAACCGAUCCAAGCUCACACAGUGGUGUUGUUUUCCUUUGCCAUGUCCCUCCUGCUAUUGUCCCCUCAUGACUGAAUUCUCCAAAAUCGUGCAACUGUAGCCUUUGAUGUCAGCCUGUGUUGGAGAAAGGACGUAUCUGUUCACUGUCCUCUCUAUACAAGAAGCAUAAGGCCUUCACAUGUUGAGCAUAUAUCCUCCGUACUGUAUGUUACUCGUACGUCACUGUGUGCUGUUGCUGCUUCCUCUGUACACUCCUUGGUCAUAGUUUAUAUUUAUUGUGUGUUUGUUACCAGUAGCUUUGUUGUUUUUUUUUUCCACGUGGUUAACUCUGUUUAUUUUAAUAUUUGGAGUAUAAUAGAGACAUUCCAUUCUCUAUGAGGAGGGCUUCCUGUCCACCCGCAGUCAGAACAACACUCCUGCAUAAUAUCACCGGGCCACCAUCCUGUGAUACCAAAGUACCUUAUCAUUUGAGUAGUGCAAUGAUACGUCUACUGCCUGGCGUUAAAGCCUUUUUAAACAAACCGAACCACAAGUGCACUGACAGAGAAACUAAAAAGAGAGAUUUAUAAUUAUAAAAAAAAAAUAAGUAGCAAAGUUUACGUCAAAGAGAAAUAAAAAGGGUUGCCAGCAAAAAAAUUCAACUCGAAAAGAGUAACAACAGAGAGCCAGUGGGGAAGAGUCAGCCAGGAUCACAAUCAGGUCAUGGGUUAUAACAGAAUGUUGUCUGUGUCCUAAAUGCCCUCGAAAAGAUUUGUAUUUAUUUUACUCCACCUGACACUGGAAAACUAAAGAAGGAACUAUUCUGUUAUUUAUAACCUCGAGAUCUAUUUAUGUAUUAUUGUUACAACAUAAGACAGGAUGGGAUUUAUCAGUCAUUCACUGACUUUCUGAGGAACCGUGCCGUCAUGGCAGCUGGAUGUUGAUUUUUAUUUGCUGUAACAUCAAAUAAAUCUGCCAGGAUAAUGACACAA